UUACGGUCUAGGGAAUCUCUCAGAGAAAUAUUUAAAGAAAUAAAUAUUUUGACUGUUGCCUCUCAAUACAUCUAAGAAAAUAUAAUGUACGCAAGAAAACAAUUCCAUUCCUUCACAAAAAAAGUAGUGUUCAUAAUCUUAAAACAAGAAAUAAAAAUAAACUUGCCGUUCCAGGCUUCAGACUUCAGAAAACCAGAGGAUCAUUUCUGGGUGAAUGCAUUGCUAUGUUCAAUAAAGUUCCACAAUGUAAUUGACAUACCCGUUAAUAAAUUUAAAAUUCAUAUAAAGAACAUACUUAUGAGUAAAGGCUAUUAUAAAGUUGAUGAUUAUUUUAAGGACCACAAUGCAUGAAAUUAAUAGCCUUUGCUUUGUUCUAUAACGAUUAAUUAUAUGUACAACCUAUGACCUACAGACUUUGAAAGUUUUAUUUAUUAUUGUGAUAAUACAUAUUAUUUUGGUAAUGACAUAAUUUAUGUAAAUGUCAUUACUUAUGAUAAAGAGCUGGUAAGUUUUUUUUGCUUGUGCUUCUUGUCAGCUAAAUGACGUCCUGAACAAAUGGUAGGGGAAAAAAAGAUUUUGGAUCAUUCAAAAGUGCUUGUAACAAGCUUACUUGAAUAAAGAUGUUUUCAUUUCAUAAAGUAUUGUGUGCCAAAAGCUUAAUGAUGAAAUAUCAGAUAUUGGUAAUUGUAUCUACACUUGCUUAUCCAAUACAAACAUAUAUAACAUAAAUACCGAACAGAGAUAAAAAUAAGAAUAAAACAACUAUUAUUUCAUAUAUAUUUUGCAGUAUUUUCCAGGAAUAAAGUAAAUGUUUAGAUGUUUAUUGUGACAGAUGCAAUGUACGCAGAUAUAAUUUUAUUGGUGGGAACUUCUUUUAAACCGAAACCGAAUAAAAAACAAACAUAAUAUAAAAACAACAUUUGUUUUAAUUUAAACCAAUAAACGUUUCCCAGAAAGUAAUUAUAAAAUCAGUACUAAAUUAUGAAUUAAAGCUUGCAAUAUCACCCCUGACUACUUUGUCUCCUGCCGAAUAUUUACCAAAUACCGACUAUAAUGAUCUGAAAAUUAGGUGAAUAAAUGUUAGACUACUUACAAUUAGUUAUAAUGGUUUAUUUUAUGGUCUAAAUGGUUAUAUAAUUAUAAUGUUACUAAUGUAUAAACAAAUAGAAAUUUGCAAUGUUACAAAAUAAUCUUUGAACAAAUAUAAAUUACCAAAAACAGAAAUAAAAAAAAACAAAACUUUAUCCAAGUAUAACAACGACAUCUAUAUUCUUGUAAGUAAAUAACUAACAAAAUUUACAUUUUGAUAGCAUUGAUGUUCAACGUGAAUAGUGCUUGCGGUUAAGAGGUACUGAUACCCUACCUAAGGUACAGGUGGCGUUGCAAACAUAAAAAAAUUAAAUCAUUAGAAUAAAUGAAGUCAAACUACAAAAACUUACAAAAAAAAGUUGCCUACAUUUUUAUACCAUUCAGAGAUAUCAUCUAAAAAUAUGCUAUAUGGAUUAAAAUACAAAAAAUAUUUUAAUAACUCUUUAAAUAUAAACGGAAAAUGUUUAUUCAUAGAUUUGUUAUGACAACGGUUGUUAUGGCAACAAAACGCUUGUCGUUUAAGCUAGUUGGUACGUCAAAAUAAGCGAACUUUUUAUGCUUUGUUGUAAUUAUUAAAAUUUACAAACAUUCUUGAUACGGACAAAGAUUUGUAUAAUGUCGUAUAAUUACUACGGAAACAGGUCAGAUCGUACUACUAAAUUAAAUUCGUUGAAGGACGUCAAAACCGGUAAGAGUGCAGCGCCCAAAAAAGUGAUACAAUCUAAGACAUUGGGUCAGUGUUCUAGAGGAAAAAGUUGUUCUGCUGGAAUAAUAAUAGAAGACUGGUAUCGCAAACCAAGAAAAUCCACACAAUCCGAUAUAAAUUUCUCCACUAGAAAUACUAAAAAAUCAAUUGACUACUGCAAGAAAUGUGGAGACCAAGUGCAAAGCAGUAGUAAAAGUUCUAAUUCUGAUAAAUCGCAAAGUCGAAAAUCAAAUAACGUUAAAAUAGAAUCAUUAAAUGCACCCAGAGUGAUUAACAAAACUAAACAUCGAAUAGAUGGUUUCAAUUUGAAACUGAAUGGUAAUCACAUUAAAAACAAUGGGGUGAAGCAAUAUUACAAAAAUGAAAACUUUAAAUCUACAAUUUCUUUACAAGAUACUGAAGCUGAGUUGAGGAAAAUGUCUUUAGAUACCAUAAAAGAGCUCCCAGAGUUCCAUACUAUUACUGAAAGUGGGGUUAACAUUUAUAACGUACUGUCUGAUAGUGAAGAAGAAAUAGGUUUUUUAGAUACAAAUAAAGUCGAUAACGUAGACGAAUUAAAGAAAUUCAGAGAGGACAAUUACUUUGAGUGUCAUUCUGUGAAGUCAAGAAUCGAUAAUAAGGGAAGUGUCACGAGUCUUGUUGAUCAUAAAUGCGUUUAUCGAUUUUAUUUGAAUGAUCGUCUGUUUCCUGUUCCUGUGAGCACAGAUCAUCAUGACAAUGUGAGAUGCGUGGAAUGUCAUUUGCCUAUAACUUUAAAGAUGGACAACGAUGAAGGAAAUGGCACUAUUCAGGCCAAAGUAAAUCUAGGCGAUGACAAAGUGCAAGAUAUGAUAUUGUUUUUACCGGUUAAAAAAUCUUUGAUGAUUAAAGAGAGACGAAAACAAAUCAAGACAGAAGAGGAGGUAUUGUAUUUUGGUGUGAUAAAGUUGGAUGCUUAUGGAAAUUCCGUGUUCAAUUCUACUCUGCCUGGUGAUUCUUUGGCUUUGAAGUAUCAGAAAGGUUAUCAAGAGCAUAGAAACGAUCAAAGUUAUAAAUAUAAUGGUAUAGAAGAAGAUGACGUUAUUGUGAUUUAGUAUUAGGGUGGUUUUAUAUUGAAGAGAAGAGAAAAAGGUUGAAAAUUGUCCAAUAAAGAUCCUUUAUAGUAAAUAAUAAUAAUAAACAAGCCAUGUUGUUUUUUAAUUUAAAACUAUCACCUAUAUUCUCAAAAUAAAUGGGUUUUAAAAACAUAAUUUUAUUUAAAUUUCAUUAAGAUACUUUAAGAUGAAACUAUGAAAAAAAGGAAUCACUGUAAUUAAGUCAUUAAAUUAUUCUUUACAAUUUAAUUGUUUGUUCAUCAUCACCAGCCUAUUAAUAUACCCACUACUGGGUACUCAGGCUUUCCAUGUGUAGAUGAAAUCGAAUCAAAAUCGAAUAGAGAGAAUGGUCCAUUACCACUCGGCCCCAGUGCAGAUUUUUGGUUGUUAACAACUACAGAUGCAGCUGGGACCAACGGCCUUCCAUAAAGGAGGGAAGAGCUUGAGAUAACAUUUUUUUGGUUACCCAUCCUAUAUUUGGUUCCUUGCCAAAGUUGCUUAACAACUGAAUCCCAAACCGAGCGAGCUAACCACUACGCCAUCGAGCU